AGGCUAGAAAAACUAAUCUCUAGUGACGACAAAACCUUCUGUAGCCUCGACUGUGCUGUCUGUAGUCUGUUAUUUGACCACAAACUAAAGUGCAUUAACUUUACAAACUGUGAGUCAUUAAUUAACAGUCGACCCCAAACGGUGCGAUCGUAUUUCGACUCCCAUGAUGGAUGUAAAAUGCGCAGUGGCUCUGAAUGACCUCUUGAGAAUCUUAAGAAGGAUACUGGAGUAUUUGUACUAGGAUGCCGGUAUCUGCGCUCUUUACCGGGCUUAUUGGGAAUUUCAGUGGAAGUGCUAGUGGGGGAAACGCUUCCUGUAACUGCGUACAUAGAUACAUGGAGUAACGGAAAGGAGGGGGCGCAGACAACUUAAAACGGCGUUCAAGUGAUGGUCAGUUAAGUUCAGUGGACUUUCCGCCUCAGGGGUGCUAAUAGUGUGUUCUAUUAUCAUCCCAGGCACGGCGGAGUAACCCACGAGGGACAGAUGACCGCGUCCGCCAGACAGAAUAAAAAGUGAGCUUCACUUCAAGGCGACUUAUCUGAGACUUCAGCGAGGACGCACACGGGACCUGAGGCACACACUCUGACUACUUUCGGUCGGUGUUCGGAGGAUGACGCUCAGAAAACACCAUCCUUUCUUCUGAAGCUUUGAUGGUUCCUACAUUUUAAGGGACAAAAAGUUCACACGGUUCUUUUUUUUUUUUCUUCUGCUUUCAUUUUCAUCAUUGUUGGACGCACGGGAACGGGACCUGAUCAUACAGCAGCCCAUUGGGGGUGGGGGGGAAAGCUACACGGACCUACAGGUGACCGGUUGUUGGAGAAAGACUUCCCUUAUUUUCACACUGUGUGGGAGCUAUGAGCGGCCUGCGCAGGCACUUCAGCAUGGGACUAGUGCUACUGAUGUGCACGCUGAGCGAACACUGCAGCGAGAGCGCGCCCUCGGUGGCCCCGUCGGUGUCGACGGCAGCCGGCAAGGACACACGGCGGGAUACGAGGCGGAUAGUGGAGAUCGUGAAACACGUGGAGGAGAGCCGUGGUCGACUUGGCAAAACGGAAGCAGCGUUAACAUCAAGUGCGAGGAAUUCCACGGAGUCAAAGGAUUUACACAGCUUGAAAACUCACAGAGCGGAUCAGGUUGUCGUUGUUUACCCCAGAGAUCUCAGGAAAAAGGAGAGUAUGAUAAAACAUAUGACAGGUCCGCUUUAUUUCAGUCCAAAGUGCAGGAAGCACGUGUACCGGCUCUACCACCACACCAGAGACUGCACCAUACCUGCAUACUUCAGAAGAUGUGCACGGCUCCUCACAAGACUUGCCGGGAGCCCGCAGUGCACUGAGGGGUUGCUCACACAAGGUUGAAGCCUAACACAAGUUCUCUAGAAGAAAAUAACUUGGGUAAAAAAAUGCCUUUGACAGUAAGAGGGAGACUCUGGGACACACUGAGUGGCCCCAACCGAGGACAGGCACAAUUUUGCCCUUCAGUAAGGUCUGUUCUGCUGAGGCAUGGAUUACUGCCAUCCCCCUGUUCUGGCUGGUUCCUGAUGGUCAGCUUUCACAAGAAAGAAGAACCAGAUCAAGAAAAAGACGGCAGAAAUUAAGAGUGGAGAAGAACUAACUGACUGACAGCGACACACAAGGAGGCAUUUCCCCUGCUGCUAUCCAAAAAGUAAAAGAAAAGGGAUUGCAUAUUUUCAUUUUGUUCAUUUCUUUAAGAAAAUAGCAAAAUCCAAAUGUAGCUACUGUUUUUAGCAUGACAAGGAGGCCCAACCCUUCUUCUGCACUACUCAUAACGCAGACAAAAAGCUGUCACAGACCCCCCUGGCUGGCAGUCACAGCGUAGUUUUAUUCACUAGUGCUCACACUGAAAAAGAACUGUGUUUCCAUUAUUGAUAACAUGAACAUAUCUCUGUGCCUUUGCAGAGACAUGUUCAAAAAGAAGUAGUGGUUGCGAGUCACAGCCCUCCUGUAGAUGAAGUGCGUGGUACAGUCUAUAUUUAUAUAUUUGAGUUGUCACAAACGUUCCACUGUUACUGUACAUAAUAAAUGCCAUGACCACAUUAAACAAGAGAAAUAUGUACAUGUGUACUGUAAAGCAAAGCUUAAGAGGAAUCUAGCUGUCUACCUUAAAUUAAAGCAACCGACAUGUAUCAAAUGGCUGGUAAAUACAUAUAUAUAUAUAAAUAUAUGAAAAUGAAAUAUAUUUAAAUAAAUUAUAAGAUUGGUACAAA